AUGAACCAGAUUAGUCGUUCUGUACCGUCUUUUCGUCUUGUGGCAUGUUUAUUGAACAUUUCCGAAGCUCGAAACAGAGCCUUAGUGGAAUCGGUGGCCAAUGCCGCGAUUAAUUUCCCCUCCAAGUGCAAAAACAGUCUUUUGAAAUGUUCGUCGACAGUUUUAAACAUAUUCUCCGAUUACGAUUACAACAGAUCUGUGAUUACUAUUGCAGCACCAGUAGAAAACAUCGAAGAAAGUGUCUUUCGAGCCUGUGAAGUUGCCUACAGUGAGAUUAACCUGGAGAAACAUUCUGGGGGACAUCCGAGAUUGGGUUCUGUUGACCUCAUCCCAAUUCACACAAUAACCACUAGCGUGACUGUAGCAGAAUGCGGGGACGUAGCACUGCACCUAGCAAGAAGGCUGGUCAGUGCCAUCGAUGGCACCUCUGUGUUUCUGUUUGGUUAUGCUGAUCAGCCCUUGUUGAGAGGAUUAGUGGAAAGACGCAAAGCAGUCAACUGGUACGAUGGUAAACAUGGAAUGGAUUUCAGUAGGGUAGGGUGGGAUCUUGGUACCCCUCCCUCCCCAAGGUAUGGUUGCACAGGGGUGGGGGCUAUCCCAUAUGUGACCAACUGUAAUGUCACUAUUGACUGUCAAGACCUGAAUCUCGGCAGGGAAAUCGCCAAGGCUAUUCGUGCAUCAACGCCUGGUGGACUAGCUGGUGUCCAGUCAAUGGCAUUUGAGCAUGAGGGGAGAGUGGAAAUUGCCUGUAAUGUUGAGGCCUCAAAGGUAUGUACUUAAAAAAGGACCAUUCUUGACUUGAAUGGCACCAUCCUUAAACAAGUGCUGCUCUAAAUGGGAUAAAUCAUUUACACACAAGUCCUUUAAGUAAGUGGCACAUGGCGGUAAAUGACCCCAGCAAUAAAAAAUAGGUGUUAUGAGCUAAAAAGUAAAACAGCACUGCAGGUCUAUCACACUUUUUGGUACAUCUCUUUGAGGUCUUCUACCCCAAGUCUAAUGAAUGGCUUCAUGAAGGACAUGAAACUUUCUUACUCUACAUGUUUAUAGUCAUCCCCUUGGUUGCUUAAGCUCCUUAAGGUGUAACUUGUCAAAGAAAAAUAUCUAAAAAAUCAACUUCAGAAAUUCGUUUCUUUAGAGAGACUUACAAUCCAGUAUGUUGUAGGUGUAAAGAAAUAAUAUUUGAUUCAACUCCCUGUGUUACUGAUAUUUCUUUGUAGGAACUUUCAAGUGAGGGAAAUUUUCAAUACACAAGUCCAGAUCAAAUAGAAGCCAGCGUAAGAGAAAUAGCAGCAAAAAAAGGUGUCAACCUUUAUGGAACAAAACUAGUGGGAUUCACCCCAGAUGAAGCUUAUAGGAGAGCAGUCAAAGCUUUGUGUGAAGGAAAUGCUUCAGCGUGGAAACAACAUGGUGAAUAUAGAAUGUGAAGAGUGGUGUGGAAUGGCUGUGAGUCUUCUUCAAAGUCUUGGGAAUAAAAAAGUGUAGCUAAUCAUCGCUGAGUAACAGCGAAGCAGAUUGGACAAGAAUAUGGUGCUAAAAACCUGUCAUGAUGGAUUUAUGAAAUUGGCAUGAGAAUUGAUACACUUUACCAAAAGAAAUUCUUU